ACUGAGGCUGAGUUGAUGAAAAGACUAGUAAUUAAUAAAGAUCGGACUUUUUUUGCCUUUUCUUUUUCGUCCCUUUGUGUGCUUUUUCGGGUUUGGGAGUUCGGUUGCAAUUUUCCCAACUAUGCGCACACCCCUGGCGUUAACUUAAUACAGUUUUCGAUGUUGAUGUUCCCCUACACCUUGGUUUUUCUUGCUUGCAGGUCUUAGAAAGCUUCGCAUCUUCUCAUCCUUCUUGGUGCUCGCUUCGUUUACGUAAGGCGUGUUACGCGAAGUCAAAUAAAUCAAGGUCUCAAGAUACAUAUGUGCUCGCACUCCUACAUUCCUAUUAAAGGACAUACAUAGGUAUAUAUGUUCAUCAACAUAUCAUGAUUUGGCUAAAGAUGCCCUCGCACCUCGUUCGAGUGCACGGUUUAUUAGUAAUAAACCAUAA